UUUGAGUAUCUUUCUUCCUCGUCUUCAUUGCAGUUGUGUUUGUGUUUGCUUUUGCAGUUGAUAGUGUGGGUAGUGCUUUAGUGCGAUGGAAAAGUCAUAAAUGUAUAGAAAAGAUUUUAAAAUUAAUAUAAAAACCAGAUGUAUAAAAUAAAAUUGCUGUGCUAUACCAGCUGUUCGCAAAUUACAAAAAAUAAAUCAACACAACAAAUCGCUGCAAUUGCAGGUGCAAUCGACGCUCGUAUAGUGGCAGUAUAUAUAAAGACCUGCAAUUGCACCACCAUGUUUAAUAGCAACCAAUCAAUGCGUCGGUUACCUGUGCAAAAUCAACAACAACAUCGUCGUAUUUAAGCAUGUUUUGCAUGUCGCACUGCAUAAAUUAGUACGGAAAAGGCUCCUUCGCUCGCGCAAAGUGUGACCAGGCUACAAAUUUGCAUGUCCGAAUACCUGUCAGUGGAUGCCAGUGGCAGAGCCAGCUCCAGCGAUGUCCACACACUGAGCGCACAGCCAACGCCGUCGUCGAAGUCGACGUUGCAGCAGCAGCGGGAAGCAGCGCUGCGUAAGCCACAAUAUUUAAAGCGUGAGCCCCUGGUAUUCUUCAUCAUGCGUCUGAAUCUGAAAGCUGUACUCCUGCUGCUCACAGUAGCUGUGAUGGUCAUCACAUUGGGCAUUUAUAUGCGCUGUGCAGCCUUUAGCUUCUCGCCGGACUUCGUGCGUCAGCUGAGCAGGCGGCAAGCCUUUGAGACGCUGUCAAGUUCAGCUGCAGGGCAGGACUUGGCAUCGACGCCCUUGCAGGACAUUGAAUGCGCUAUAAAUCAGGAGUAUAGCAUACACUGCAAGCGGGAUGAGAAUGCCAAUGAGGUCUAUGUGCCCUUUUCCUUUCUGCGCCAGUAUUUCGAUGUCAGUGGAGCUGUCACAACUGGAGGCAGUAGCAACGAUGCAGCCAAAUUCAAUUGGAUGCACAGCAACGCAAAGGUGAAUUUGCCAAAGGGCAAAUACGAUCCACGCGGCGUUUUCAUGUACUUCGAGAACUACAAUGUGGAGGUACGGGAUCGGGUCAAGUGCAUUAGUGCUGCAGAGGGCGUGCCAGUGAGCACGCAAUGGGAAAAACAUGGCUACUUCUAUCCCACACAGAUUGCACAAUUUGCGCUGGCGCAUUAUAGCAAAAAUCUAACAGAGCAGACGCCACGCAUCCACAUACUAGAGGAUGCCGAUGGCAAUCAAAUGGACUGGAACACGCCAAAGACGAGCAAUAUGACCCGCAUCUGGCAUCACAAAUUUAACACGAGCAUCGUUCAAUUUGAGACAACGAUUGGCUAUGAGAGCGCCAUUAGCAUACAGUUAAAUCAAACGCAGGAUUUGGUUUUGAGUGUAGACCUUCUGCUGGUAACGAACAGUAGCAGCUUGAUGGUCACCGUGCUGAAUCGGGAUACGAAGCACAGUUACAACUUACAUUACCUGGCAGCGGAGCUGUUGCUCAGCGUACAGGAAUCCAACAUUUACUAUGGUUUGGGCGCUGGUUCCUUAAACAAAUGGCGUCACAUCACGAGAGACUUACACAUUGAUCUACAGAAGGGCAUUGUCAUGGGCGACAAACGCUCUCCAUUAAAGGUGCGUCGCAGCGAUUUGGAGGUGCUAUCCAUCGCCUUUUUAGGCAUUGGCUUCUAUGAUAAUAUUACACUUUCAACGAGCGAUCAUCUAGCCCAUUUUUAUGAUGCGGCCGAAUGGUUUGUGCACAAUCAGGAUAUCAAAACAGGCGGCUGGACGAAUCCAGUGCGUCGCAGUUUAAAUGGCUUUGCGGAGCUGCGCCCCGGCUGGAUAUCGGCCAUGGGUCAGGGACAUGCCAUCUCUGUGCUGGCACGUGCCUAUUGGCAUUCCGGAGGAGAUACGCGUUAUUUAAAAGCAGCUUCAUUAGGGCUGCAACCGUAUCGCAUCUACUCGCGGGAUGGCGGUGUCCUGGCUCAAUUUAUGGAUAAAUACUAUUGGUACGAGGAGUAUCCCACUACGCCUGCAUCGUACGUACUCAAUGGUUUCAUCUACUCACUGCUGGGUCUGUAUGAUCUGAACAGCACAGCUCCAGGCAAAAUAGCACGCGAGGCUGGCAAAUUGUUUGCCCAGGGCAUGCAUUCGCUAAAGAAGAUGUUGCUGCUCUACGACACCGGCUCCGGCACCAGUUACGAUUUGCGUCACUUGAGUUUGGGCGUGGCACCAAAUUUGGCACGCUGGGAUUAUCAUGCAACGCAUGUGAAUCAGCUGCUGCUGCUGGCUACCAUAGAUAGCGAUCCAUUGAUCGCCCAGACUGCCGAGCGUUGGAAGGGCUAUAUGUUUGGCAAGCGGGCUAAGCACAACUGAGAACGAAGGAAACUGGCGGCAGUGGUUGCUGCCGCCUCGUGGCAACCACAUCGCUGGCCCGAAAAGCCCAAUAAGUGAUAUUUUUUGAAAAGAAAAACCAUUUGAAAUGGUUUUGCCGCAUCCCUUUCCAAUUAUCUUUUAAACGCAACGAAUUUUUUGACUUAAUUCAGAUUGUAUUUUAGCAUGCUUUCGUAUACGUCCGAAAUGUAUUUGUUUUCUUGACUUUUAGUUUUUCGUUUAGUGAUUAAGGAAUUGUACCUAUCUACUACGUAUAUACCUUGUAUUGCAUAAUCAUAAUCAUUAGCUGCUAUUUGUCAUAUACAUAUAUAUGUAUAACUAUUUGUUGAACUAUGUAGCUUAAUUGUUUCCUAAGUAGUUGCACGCGUAAUUUCACUGGACAAUAUCAGAAACUAAACCGAAACUAUAAAAACAAAAUACAAAGUGAUCUAACAUAUACCCUUAAAAACUUAGCCGAACUGAAUGAAAGGGUAUUCAAGAGCAAAUUAUCACUUACUGUUGUAUGUUAGUCAACUUUUUGUACUGCUCUAAGUAGAGAUCGUUACACACGUCCCUUACCCAACUUGUAUAAAGUAAAAUUGUAGAGAGCUUAGCAUUAUAUAUAUAGGACACACUCGAGUUAUAUUUAGUAUCUGUUAGAUGCAUAAAUAUACGUAUAUAUAGGAGUAUAGUCUUCAAAAUUUCCACUCUUAACUUGAAGAUAAAAUAUAGAAAAAUACGAGUUAAUUUGAAUUUUGUUUGUUAAAUCGGUCAGA